AAGGCAAAGACACAAAACAUGGGUGAUGCAAAAAUGGAAGUCGAAGAAGUGGCAUCUUCAGGAUCGUCAAAUACUGCUCUUAAAAAGCGUUUUGAGUGGAAUGCCGUUGCUCUCUGGGCUUGGGAUAUUGUAGUGGACACUUGUGCUAUUUGCCGUAAUCAUAUUAUGGAUUUGUGCAUUGAAUGCCAGGCAAAUCAAGCAUCUUCAACUAAUGAGGAGUGUACUGUUGCUUGGGGUGUUUGCAAUCACGCAUUUCACUUUCAUUGUAUUUCGCGUUGGCUUCGCACACGACAGGUCUGUCCACUUGACAAUCGUGAUUGGGAGUUCCAGAAGUUUUAUUAUCGUUUCCUUCAAUUAAGUCUAAUGGAAAAACCUACAAAGAUGGCAAAAGUUACUCGAAUUCUUGGUCGUACCGGAAGUCAGGGUCAAUGUACACAAGUCCGAGUUGAAUUUCUGGAUGAAUCCAACCGUUCAAUCAUUCGCAAUGUGAAGGGUCCUGUUCGUGAAGGGGACAUUCUUACUUUAUUGGAGGCUGAACGUGAGGCGCGUCGUUUACGUUAA